AUGCAAGCACGAUAUGCUUUAAACAGUUCAGAGGAAAGAGAUGAAAGAGUUAGUUGGAGCAGUUCUUCGGCCGGAGGUCUGGCUGCCGUCGCUGCUCCCACCCCAGAAUUCCUUUCCCGGUUCCGCUCUCAGCACCACCAUCACUACCAUAGCAGGACGGAACAUCCGCCUCCGCUGCCGCCAUUGCAAUCACCACUGGCAGCCUCCUCAUCCGAGCACCACCAUCAUCAUCACUACCUAAGGUCACGGGAGUGGCACAAUCACAAUGAAGCUUUGACGCAUUCACAUUCAUCUCCGCCUGAGAAGUAUCGCCUGUCGCCAACUAAGACACUAGGGAUUGAAAGUUACGAAACAAAGAACCUUUUGUUGGCUGCUUACAUCGCGAAUUCCAAGGGCAAGUCGCAACACUUCCCCGAACUGCCACCAUUCCAACGCCGCUGCGCUCACGCUCUUGCCGACAUGAUUGUCUCCCCUUAUACCGCUCUUCCAGCCCUCAUUGGUGUCUUCCUUCGCCCCGAUGGAACCAGGAGAAGCGCCUUUAACAAACAACUUUCAGUCUACCUCAAGGCCGUCUACCGGCGCAUGGCAAAGAAGCAACAGGGUUUGCAAAGCAAAUCUGACAUUCCAGCCACUCUACUACCAACCGUUCUUGCAAUGCUCUUCAGUUAUAUUUGUGGUCUUAUCUUUGGGUGGCAACUCGGCCUUACCAUCGGUCUUACCUCCAUCACACUUUAUUCCAUCUUCUUAUGUUUAGUGCUUUAUGGGGGACUUGUUAGGCGAUGGAAGCUGGCACAGCGAAUUGCCGAGACCUUGCUGCGUUACGCUAGGUCCUGGCGCCUUAUUGUGGACAUCCUUCUCUACAGACCACCAAAGCAGGGUCGCGUUCCCACCAAUGUCAGGCUUCUUCCUGUCAGUCUGAAGUUGGGAGCAUCUGAAACUUCUUGGGACGCUGCACUACGACUUUCGGAGAAGAUGUGGGAAGCAGCAACAUCAAAGUAUUCAACGACGGCUGUUUACCUACAAUACGCCAGCGAGGACGCAUCCUGUCAAAGUAAGCGGCGAUGUCGCAAGGCAUGUUGUAUUCCUGCAUUGGGCUGCUUUAUCCUGUGGAUUCUGUCCCUCCUCACCUGGUCUACUGCCCUUCGGGUGCACAUGAACUCCGGAGAGGGCGCGAGUCAGUACAGACAUGGUUCGAAGAUCGCGUUCAUUGUCUCCGGCGUGGUGGGACUGCUCAGCCUUCUCACCCUGCUAGCAACAUCAGUAAAGCCUCUUCAACGCCUCGCCAGGAUUCACCGACGCUUCCAGUCACUACGAAAGGAAAGGAAUCAACUUCUACAUUGCAUCCAGCAAUCUAAAGACCGUCCCAAGGUAUCGGUACUCUUCACUGGAGCCGAUAAAGAAGACGGGGAGGAGAGGAGCACUAGCGGCACGGACUCAAUGGCCGCGGGUAACUGCAGUCACUACCACCAGUCCCCACGAGGCGUCGCCUUACAGCAACAGCAGCAGCCGCUCCUGCGCGAUGUAGAGGAGUGGCUGGAGAGUGGGAAACGGAUGACCGCACGUUUGGAGGCGAGACUACGGAGUGAGAACAUGGCCACUUGCCAUACCCUUCAUCGUCUCGAUGCACGCACUGAGCGCCAAACGCGCUUUCUCCUCUCUAUCGAUGCCACCGCCUCUCUGGCCUCCUCCCCCUCGUCGUCGUUGUACCGUCUCGCCGAAUUCUGUCACCUCCUCGGCCGUGUCUUCACCUCUUCGCCUCGAGGCGAGCUUGGCCUCCUUUGGCAUCUUGACGAUCUCUGCGAGACAGCCUCGGAAACUGAUGCGGCAACAUCAAAAAGCUUAAUAGAAACCAGGCCGAACGCGCCAAAUGUACUUAUUCUCCUCGUGGGUAAGCAAGACAUGUCGCCACCUUGCAAUUCAGGGUCGAAGUCUGAGCAACCAUGUGACUACUGGCAGAAAGUGCUGGAGGCCUGCCACCUGGCUAUAUUCAUCGACGAACCUACCGAUGGUCCACAACGAAGUCAAAAUGACGCCGGAUUAAGCAGUUUAAUGGAAUCACACCGUUCGACAGACAGUAACCACUGUCCAGAUUCCAAGCCAUCCUUCGAUGUGUGGCCUGCUUCAUUGUCCUUCCCCGAGUUCUUCGUCGAAGAGCACCCCUUAGCUGACAUUAACGUCAACAAGCUUAAAUAUCUCCUGACCCACAUGGCCUUUCUAGUGCACUGGCCAUUCCACACGGCCUGGCUGAGUCUCUUCCUCGAGGAGCACUACUCCUACACGCAGCAGUGUGCCCCUCGUGGCUCCGGUGGUCGCGGCAGUGGUGAGGCAGCGGGUGAAGGAGCACCGAGAUCGGAGGAGGGCGAAGACGAUGUUACCACCUCCACCAUUAGCCAACCUGUCCUCCCUGACGAUACCCUUUCCAUGCUGUACUCGCGUGUCCUCGAACGACUGGCACCGGCGCUAUCGUCAUGCCGGCCGCGAGGUCCUCCGUCAUCGCAGUUCCACUCACUGCCAUCGCAUCGAACACAGAGUGUAGCAACUGCGCAUUGGAGAGGGCACGGGAGCGCAGCACUUCAACUGUGCGAGCUUGCUGCGCGUGACUGCAGGCCUGAUCGCCUCGCUGCCCUCCUCUGUCACCACUCUCGCUCCCGUACUCCCCUCGACCCCGACUCCCACUCCGCCUCCGCUACUUCUCCAGUCGCAGCCCCGACUACCUCCGUACGCCGUCUAGUCGCUGUCAUGGCCGAUUCACCACUGAUAAACCCCAAGACACAAGCUCGCAUUCAGAGUGAGUUCCGCAACGGUUCCUUCCACGUCAAUCGCAGUUUGCAAUCACUGAGGGACAGAGAACCCGACAUUCUCUCCUUAUCCAUCCACACAUCGAGGACGCCACCCUGUCCCAUUCGACUGAAGAACGGACUUCCCCGAAAACCACUGAGCAAAAUGACUGUGGACGACAUUUGCCACCUGGUGAAUGAUAUGACAGAUCUUUACACCAACCGUUGCCAACACCGAUCUGCCUCCCUCUCCUCUUCCAAUACCCUUGAAGACCGUCAAAACUCACCACAGUCCCUUUCUCGACCUACCUCCAUCGCGGCCUACCUGCUACGCUUGCGUGCGCUCAACAUCAGCGGAGCGGUGCUAGCCGUAUGCAGUCUGAACGAGUCACUACAGCGCGAGAUCGGUAUGACCUUCAGCGACUGGCAAUUUUUCUCCAGCCUCGUCACUCACCUCAAGCGCCUCGAGGGCUGUCCGCCAACCCCGUCCUCACCACCUCCGCCAUCGCAUGGCUGCCAGUGCGCACGCUCCAUGGGCGAUCUGGCCAGCAUUCACACCCACCAACACCACUCUCACCUGAUGCAACACAAGGCGCCUGCUCUCUGCAGACCAAAUGUCGGUGCCUGGACCUCCGAAUCCAUUCUAGCCGCCGCCACGCCGCAGAAGCACUGGCGCCACCCCGACGACUCCUCACCCUCGCCAAUUAACGGGCAAAGCAGCACCAGCAUUAGCAGUAGCAGUAUGGAUACCACUACUUGUACGUCCAACAGCCCGCGGUGGCAUAGGCCACAAUCACAGCCGUCACCACCUUCGCAGCAGCACACGAUCGAGGAGGAGGUGUGUCGCCUCUCCGGUGGUAGCUGCUCCGUCUACUCCGCUGACCUCUCCUAUUCCCCCUCCCCCUCCUCUUCUGCUGUCACUAUGCCAUCGGCUUCCUCCUCACCCUCACCCUCCAUUUCCUCCCUCCACUCCUCCACUCACAACGAAAAGUAA